CUGUCUCAAAAAAACAAGUCUCCCCCCCCCCAAAAAAAAAAAAGGAAACAAAACCCGAGAAAGUGAGGAAGUGAGCCCAGGAGGGUAGAACUGGAAAGGUGGUUAGCAUUAAGGGGAGAGUAUGAGGAAGUCAUCCUGACUUCACGGUCAGACAUCUAAAAUCACGUGAGUGAGUAUGGGGAACAGAAGCCCUUUCCUGUAGGGUUUUAGCUUGCUGGUCGGAAACAUGGUUAGCAUGGCAAAAGCCCCGGGUUCGAUCCCUGGGACUUAGAGUGGGGAGGGUACUGCGGUGUUAGGUAGGAAAUGCCCCUUGCUGAGGAGCUGACCUGCUCAGUGGAAACUCAGAAGAGCAGCUGGGGGGUGUGUGGGAGGAGUCAGGGGCCAGCCCUCCCUGCCCCAGACCUCCUGGUUCCAAUUUCUGCCCGUCAGCUGUCCUCUCAGCUGUCCCCGGUCCUCCAGUCCUGUCACUACAGCCCGGCCACCACAGUGAGAGGCUCGGAGGCCUCCCAGUACUGAGUAGCUGUGUGAGUCCAGAAGGAAGGUACGGGGGGGCUUAGCCCUGGAGGAGGAGGACUAGCCCUCCCCCAGCACCACCGUCAAGGUCUUAGGGGCUCCCUCUUCCCACACUGAUCUGACUCAGGGAGUCUCAAAAGAUGACAGAGAAGGAGGCACCGGAAUCCCCUAGACCCCCUUUCCCAUCAGAGACUCCACAAAGUGGGCUACAACGCCUGAAGCAGUUAUUCAAGAAGGGCUCUCCAGAGACAACAGAGAUGGAACCUCCCCCAGAGCCCCAGGCCAACGGAGAGGCGGUGGGGGCCGGGGGUGGGCCCAUCUACUAUAUCUAUGAGGAAGAGGAGGAAGAGGAGGAGGAGGAGGAACCACCCCCAGAACCUCCUAAGCUUGUCAAUGAUAAGCCCCACAAAUUCAAAGACCACUUCUUCAAGAAGCCCAAGUUCUGUGAUGUCUGUGCCCGGAUGAUUGUGCUCAAUAACAAAUUUGGGCUCCGCUGUAAGAACUGCAAAACCAACAUCCAUGAACAUUGCCAGUCCUACGUGGAGAUGCAGAGAUGCUUCGGCAAGAUCCCUCCCGGCUUCCGUCGUGCCUAUAGCUCCCCGCUGUACAGCAACCAGCAGUAUGCUUGUGUCUCCGCCGCCAAUCGCAACGACCCUGUGUUUGAGACCCUGCGCGUCGGGGUGAUCAUGGCGAACAAGGAACGGAAGAAGGGACAGGCAGAUAAGAAAAAUCCUCUGGCAGCCAUGAUGGAGGAGGAACCAGAGUCAGCCAGGCCAGAGGAAGGCAAGUCCCCGGAUGGAAACAGUGCGGAAGGAGACAAGAAGGCCGAGAAGAAAACACCCGAUGACAGACACAAGCAGCCUGGCUUCCAGCAAUCUCAUUACUUUGUGGCUCUCUAUCGGUUCAAAGCCUUGGAGAAGGAUGAUCUGGAUUUCCCGCCGGGGGAGAAGAUCACGGUCAUCGAUGACUCCAACGAGGAGUGGUGGCGGGGGAAAAUCGGAGAGAAGGUCGGAUUCUUCCCCCCGAACUUCAUCAUUCGGGUCCGGGCUGGGGAACGUGUGCACCGCGUCACCAGAUCCUUUGUGGGCAACCGCGAGAUUGGGCAGAUCACCCUGAAGAAAGACCAGAUCGUCGUGCAGAAAGGAGACGAAGCUGGCGGCUAUGUCAAGGUCUACACCGGCCGCAAGGUGGGGCUGUUCCCCACCGACUUCCUGGAGGAGAUUUAGGUGUGGUGGCGCCCGCGGGCCGGAGACACCCCGGCCUGGUUCUGGGCGGGGCCCAGUGCGGGCUCGGGAGGGGGGUGGUGCUGGACCGCUGGAGGAGGAGGAGGAGGGCCGGAGAGGCCUGCGGGAGCACGGUGACGUCUCUGGGGAGGGGCUGCCCCCCACCCCUCUCCGCCUGCCCGGGGCUUGGGAUACCCGGGGCGCAGAGCGGGCGGCACCAGGAAGACCCACCCUCGGGGCCCAUCCAAGGGCUGGGGGGCGGGGGUGCAACUGUCGGUCAGAGGCUGCGAAUCUAUUAAAGUUUUGACAAAAGUUG